AUGAGCCAAAGCGGGGCCUCACGCCUGGCCGGCUCCCCGCCGCUGCCGGGGGGCUCAUUGCUGGCCCUGCUGGCCCCCCACUCGCCUGAAGCCAACGGGGUGGAAGGAGAGGCCGAUCCCGAGCGGGAGCCAGUGCGGGAUGUGGGGACUGAGGCGCCUCAGAAAGCCAAGGGAUAUCCCAUCCCAGAAAUCCCCAGCAGAUCAUUUACCGUGUGCUCCUGGAGCCCGGUAGAUCGCCCACGUGGCAGUUACGUGAGGGGGUGGGAAGCGAGGGCUGCCCCCUCACCCACGGAUGACUCUGUCUCCUGUGCUGGGCCACCCACGGCGCUGCAGGAGCUGGAGAUGAUGGAAAACAUCUUGACGAGCAAGCAAGACGAGAGCUGGGAGCAGCGGGGCCCCCGGGCCUCCUUUGCCCGGCAGGAACGGAGCCGCCUGCUCUGGGAGGACGUCAGCGUCAUGGAGGAGGAUGCCACCAAAGUCACCGCCCUGAAGCUGAGGCUGGAUGAGUCCCAAAAAGUGCUGCUCAAGGAGAGGGAGGACAAGCUGGCGCUCAGUAAGAGCAUCGAGAAGCUGGAGGGCGAGCUCAGCCAGUGGAAGAUCAAGUACGAGGAGCUCAACAAGAACAAGCAGGAGGUGAUGAAGCAGCUCAACAUCCUGAAGGAGAUCCACCAGGACGAGCUGGGGCGGAUCUCUGAGGACCUGGAGGACGAGCUGGGUGCUCGCUCCAGCAUGGACAAGAAGCUGGCUGAGCUGCGUGCGGAGAUGGAGCGGCUGCAGGCGGAGAACGCAGCUGAGUGGGGCCGGCGGGAGGGGCUGGAGACAGAGAAGCUCAACCUGGAGCGGGAGAACAAGAAGCUGCGGGCGCAGAUUGAGGACCUGGAGGAGGUGCUGGCUCGCAAGCGGCGCCAGACGGCCAGCGCCCUGGACACCGACCUCAAGACCAUCCAGGCCGAGCUCUUCGAGAAGAACAAGGAGCUGGCCGACCUGAAGCACGUCCACACCAAGCUGAAGAAGCAGUACCAGGAGAAGAUGGCCGAGCUGGCCCACGCCAACCGCCGCGUGGAGCAGCACGAGGGCGAGGUGAAGAAGCUGCGCCUGAGGGUGGAGGAGCUGAAGAAGGAGCUGGCGCAAGCCGAGGAUGAGCUGGAUGAGGCCCACAACCAGACACGAAAGCUGCAGCGGUCGCUGGAUGAGCAGACAGAGCAGAGCGAGAGCUUCCAGGUGCAGCUGGAGCAUCUGCAGUCCCGGCUGCGGCGACAGCAGAGCACCCCGCUUUUCGGCAAGAUGCGCAGCGCCCGCUUCGGCCCCGAUGAUGCUGGGGACGGCACCAGUGACCCCGACGAGGACGAGGACCUGCAGAUUCAGGUGCCCUGA